UCCUCUGAGCUGAAUCCAUCUGUCUCUCUCUCUCUCCUCUCCCCAUUCGCAAUCAUGAUAAUGUGACGGGAUAUCUUCUCAGCUCAGCAAAGAUCCAAAUUCGCCGAUUCGAGUUCUUCCAAUUUCCCUUUCCGAUAAAGUUGCGGUGAAGCUUUCAGUGAUUCCGAAGUUUUUGAGUCCACAACGACCUCCUUCCACAUCUGGAUCUCACAGGGAAAGGACGGGAUGGGUAAGAAAGGGAAAUGGUUUUCAAACGUAAAGAAGGCUUUCAGCCCAGAUUCAAAGAAAUUCAAACAUAAAGUGCCUCAGUAUCAAAAUGGUGUCAUCUCUGACCCUGUAUUGGUGGAGACCAUCAAAACAUCUCCUCCUCCUCCUUUCGAGGUGAAAGUGUCAGAGGUGAUCGUCGAACAGAACAAGGACGAGUGCUCUCCCUCAGCCGAUGUUGAUGCUGAUAUACCUGAAGUUCCAUCUCUGACUGUCUCCGAGGUUGUUCAUUGUGCUGCACCAGCACGGUUUGCUGGAAAGUCAAAAGAAGAAGUGGCAGCCAUUGUGAUUCAGACGGCAUUUAGGGGCUAUUUGGCAAGAAGGGCAUUAAGGGCAUUGAGGGGGCUGGUCAGACUCAAGUCGCUGAUGGAAGGAUCUGUUGUGAAACGACAAGCAGCCAAUACCCUUAAGUGUAUGCAGACUCUCUCUCGUGUACAGUCACAGAUUCGAGCUAGGAGAAUCAGGAUGUCUGAAGAGAACCAGGCUCGCCAGAAGCAACUCCUUCAGAAGCAUGCCAAAGAGCUCGCCAACUUAAGGAAUGGGGAUAAUUGGGAUGAUAGUACACAGUCAAAGGAACAGGUCGAGGCAAAUAUGCUGAGCAAAUAUGAGGCAGCGAUGAGAAGGGAAAGGGCACUGGCUUAUGCACAUUCUCAUCAGCAAACCUGGAAGAACAAUACAAGGUAUGCAAACCCGAUGUCGUUUAUGGAUCCGAGCAACCCAACCUGGGGCUGGAGCUGGCUGGAGAGGUGGAUGGCCGGGCGUUCAUGGGAGAGUUCGGAGAAGGAAAACAACAACGAUGAUUCAUCGGUUAAGAGUUCUAUUAAUCGAAACAAUCCCGGAAGAGAGGUCAUGAAAUCUAGUUCAACUCAACCGAAUACCCCAUCAUCUGCCAGAGCCACGAGGAACAACAACAACUUCCUCUCCCCUCCGACCCCUUCCAGGCAAAUCCCAUCAUCCCGAAAACCCAAGAACACGACCCCACCUGGCCCUGACGAUGACACCAAAAGCACGGUGUCAAUACAGUCGGAGAAAAACCGAAGGCACAGCAUUGCAGGAUCGUCGGUGGUCAGAGACGACGAGAGUCUGGCUAGUAGUAGCUCACAUGCCCUGCCUAGCUACAUGGUUCCGACAGAAUCAGCAAGAGCCAAGCUCAAGAUGCAGAGCUCCUUAGGGUUGGCCUUGGAGGAAAAUGACGGAAUUACGGACAAGGCAACGGCGAAGAAAAGGCUGUCGUACUCGGGUUCGACUGUGCCGCCCAAGCCUAGGCGGUUCUCGGCCCCACCAAAGGUGGAGAACGGCGGUUUGAACACUGAGAUCGCCGUCAGCAACGGAGGAGGAAGCUGAGGUAAUGUUAUGUAAUGCUCUAAGUUACUCUUUUGAGAAGACUCUGAGAUUGUGUCCGCUACGCUUAUGAUGUCCGAAGAUGUGUGUGAUGUGAUUCAUUUGUGCAGUGUAAGAGUCUCUGUCAUUUAUUUUGUUGUUAUUAUUGUUAUUGUAUUAUUAUUCUUAAUGUUAUUUCAUGAUAUGGUUCGAAUUCUUA